AUGCCUGCAAAGUCUUACACAUUAUCUGUCCCGUCCACACUCGCUCCUACUAGCAACAAGAAACUCCAAUCAACUAACCGCUUACUCAAUCUUCGGGGACUUUUGCGGCCUUUUCGCCACGGGGGGCCGCUAAAGCCACUGUCGGACGUGGUUGUCUCUUUUUUCACUCAUUUCAACAAAGCCCACUGCGCGGCUCCUUUCGCCGAUCUGAUCAUAAACUCGGCUCCGGUUGUCUCAGCACCGGUGGACUCAGUGGCUUCGCCACUCAAGGUUGUCAAAUACACCAAGGCAACCAUUCAGGAAUCCCGCAUUACUAUUCAAUCACAGUCAUUUGCCCUCACCCAUACGGAGGAGAAGGAUGACUUCCACAUUGUCGCGUCGAGCACCUUCGACCAAAGUUUCGAGAGGCAUCUCCAGACUGAGUCCGGGGACAGAGUUUAUUUCCCGGAGCCCAUUACGCAUAAGUCGGAGCAGCAAUUGGUAAAGGAGAAGCUUGUCUAUUCAUGGACGGAGGCGCAUGCAACCGAAUCCGCCACGAACCAGACCACAUCCGAGACUCUGGUAGACAAGCAACAGGCCAUUGCCAAGCCACAACUUACGAAAGAUCUCGAUACCACUGAGAUCAACAAAAUCCAAUUCUCAAGUUCGACAAAUGGCUGCUCCAGUGCAACAUCGUCAGGGAGCAGAGUUUGGAGUGAACCGUCAGUUGCCGACGCGGACAACACCGACCUCGGCGGCGACGAAUGCGCGGGCGAUGCCGAGGUCAAAACCCCUGCCACCGGAAACAACGCCGAUGAAGGCGCCUCCGUGCCAGUCGAUGCCGAAGAACACCCGGAACCCUCGGACGAGGAAGACCCCUCCGAUCCCUGGCAAAUCGUAGACGUCUUCGACGUGCCGGAGGACCACGCCAGGCCCGGACCGCCUGGCUCUUUGGUUCUCUACGGGCUCGGCAGCAAUGGGCUCGUGUACUGGUACAGGCCCAACGACGACCUGUAUAAGGCGUACAUGGACCAGAGCGACUCGAGCUCUUCGUUUGUCUCGGAUCCGGAUGACGAAGACCAGAGGUCUGAGGAUGAGGAGAAUGUUGAUCACGACGAGUGCCAGUACUGCGACGAAGAUGAGUACGAGCACGAGCCCGAAGACCAAGUCCCACCGACAGGACUCGUGGCAACGAGCUGGGGCCGGCACAGUUUCAUUGACGAAGACGGCUUCAACUUGGUGGAGCCGAGCUUGGGCCCCGAGCUCAAGUUGACCACUCCCGAUGGGGGAGAGUGCUGGCCUGAAGACAUCACGCAGUACGAGUAUGACUUUGAGUAUGUUCCGAGCGAGGAUGAGGCGGAGGACAGCGAGGGUGAGGAGGCUUCGAGAUGA